GCGUAAAACCCACGUCAGUGGAGCUUUUCCAGGCGCAUACAUUGCAGUCGGUCACAUUAAGAGCUGUGAAGUAGAUUAAUUAUAGAAUUAGACGGAAAUAUUUUCAUCACGUUUCUUUUGGGGCGUAAUAUCGUGCCUGGAGUGGUGUUUGCGCCGAUAUCGAGCCUAGAAAAUGAGCAAAACUAGCAAAAGAACACUAAGUGAUGGGGUAUUUUUCAAAACAUACGCUGAAAUGCAGCACAUUCACUCGCAAGGACACAUUUGAAAUGAGUUGUUAAGGGGAAACGGAUGGCGAUUUGAAGUGACUGGCUGCGUGGCCCUGCCAGGACCUGCGGCGAUCCAUUCACGCCAGCAAGUUUGGAGAGCGCGUUGAGUUGAAUCAAUUCACAACGUCGCGAUGGAGCCGAACUCACUCAAGUGGGUGGGCUCGUCUUGCGGCUUACACGGACCCUAUAUAUUUUACAAAGCCUUCAAAUUCGCGAGCCGGGCCGCCGAGACUCGGAUCCUGUCGCUGGGGGACUUUUUCUUGGUGCGCUGCAAGCCGGACGAGCCCGUGUGCGUCGCCGAGCUGCAGCUUCUCUGGGAGGAGAGGACGAGCAGGCAACUUUUGUCCAGCUCCAAACUUUAUUUCCUACCCGAGGACACCCCCCAGGGACGCGGCGUCUCCCACGGAGAGCACGAGGUGAUCGCCGUGUCCGAAAAGGUGAUCGUUCGCCUCCAGGACCUGGUCAAGUGGACUGUGCCCGACUUCUCGGGAUGGACCCACGGUCUGAAGGCAGAGCCCCUCAAGGCCUCGGUGCUGCGUGAGCUGGGCACCAACGGGCGGCGUGAGGCCCUCCACCGCUACCGCGAGAGCACUCUCACCAGUGGUCUCAACUUUAAGGACGUCCAGCGGGAGCGGGCGCACCUUGGCCAGGAAGAGGACGGCAGGAAGGUGCUGGUCCUCAGCUACCCGCAGUACUGCCGCUACCGUUCGGUUCUGGUUCGGCUUAGGGAGCAGCCCACCUCGCUGCUGCUCAACCAUACGGUGCUGGCGCUGGGUGGCAUCGCGGCGCUGGGCGGUAACACCCGGAUCCUGUACUGCCGCGACACCUUUGAGCAUCCCACGCUACUUCGGAACGAGAGCAUUUGUGACGAGUUCGCUCCCAACUUGAAGGGGCGGCCUCGCAAAAAGAAGCUGUCCAUCUCUCAGAGGAGGGACUCCACAGGCUCCACGGCGAUGACAGCUCAGGACCUCAACAGCUUGGAGACCAAAAGUCCCAAGGUCAAAACGGGCUGCAGAGCGUUAGCCAACGGCAAGCUGAGCUCCGUUCCCAAACACAGGAAGGCGGCGGCGCCCGAAGAGAAGGAACGACUGAAGGAGAUGGUGGAGGAGAGGAGCGAGAAGGAGAAGGAAGAGGCCAGGGACUCCUCCUCCGUGGCCUCCCUGGAGAAAGAGGAGGACGAGGAGGCGGCGUCCUCGUCCGAGGAGAGUCGAGAAGACGAGCAAGCCUUCCUGGUGGAGCUCUACAAGUACAUGAAGAAGAGGGACACCCCCAUUGAGAGGAUCCCCUUCCUGGGCUUCAAACAGAUCAACCUUUGGACCAUGUUUCAAGCUGCUCAGAAGCUGGGAGGAUAUGAGCUGAUCACAGUCCGCAGGCAAUGGAAGCAUGUGUACGAUGAACUGGGUGGCAACCCGAGCAGCACCAGCGCCGCCACGUGCACUCGCAGGCACUACGAGAGGCUUCUCCUCCCGUACGAGAGGCACCUCAAAGGUGAGCAGGACAAGCCCCUCCCCCUCACCAAACCCCGCAGCCAGGAGAAGGCACCGUCGGCCAAGGCCAAAGGCGUCGGGGCCAAGAAAGCCAAGGGCCCGAGCGCCGCCAAGCAGACGUCCAGAAAGGAGCGCGGGGAGGCGGCCAAGGGCCAGCAACAAUCACAGGAUUCCACGGCGAAAGGGGAAGUGGCCACGAACCUCGAACCGCCACCUGCGGAUGAACCCAUCGUCAUCGAGGAGGAGCUUCACGUCACGCUGAAGAAAGAGGAGUCGUUGAGCGGGGAGCCGCCCGUGUCGCUGUGCCCAAAGGAGGCCGAAUCCGGCAGGGCCCCGCUCGCCCCUCGGCCCGUCCACGCAGCCGCUCAGUCCGACUGGAGGCAGAUCGGCGACCCCCUUCAAGUCCCCAAGACCGAAGUACACCUAGUCACCAAAAGCGCCUACCUGCCUCAUCACUGGGACCAGAGCAAACCCGCCGGACACGUCGCACUGCCCGAGUCCUCCAUCCGGGGCAAAGACUCCUCGGAGAGUCACGGCGGGAGAGUGGGCAAGGUGCUGCCAAUGUGUAAACAGGAUCGGCAGUCCGUAGACUUGAGGCCAGAUUCCGUACCCGAAAAGGAGGACUAUGGGGUAAUUAGGAAGGAAAGUCCUGCACAAAUGGCCGCCUACUGCAAAGCGGGCCAAGGCGUCAUGUCUCCUCUAGCCAAAAAGAAACUCCUCUCCCAAGUGUGUGAGUCAACAUCCUUCUCAUUCAUGUCGUCUCUCCAACCUCCUCUCCCCCCCGAGAGAGACACGGACAAGAGGAAAAGCGAGGAGGACGGCCAGAGGCAGCACAUAUCCGACAACGUCCCAGAGGCGGCGCCGAUGUUCCGUCCGUCGGUCAUUCAGCACGCGCAGAGCAGCAAGCCUCCGCCGGAGAGGAGCGGCAACCACCUCCUGCAGCCUCACGUCAGCGCCCCGUGGCAGCCGUACCUCCCCAGGACGCAGGACCGGGACGUCGUGGAGAACGCGUCGGAAAAACUGCUCCAGGCCCGGAGCUUCGCCGGGGACUGCUACUCGUCCCCGCACCUGCACAGUCUGUACAGGCAGACGGAGAACUGCCUGAGCCAGGACCGGAUGCCCGGAUACCCCAACGGAGAGCGGCGGGAGCACUUCGCCAGGGAUCGGGAGGGGGGGCAGGGUUUCGUUUGCGGAGGCCUGGAGCAAGAAGGCCUCGCGUACAGAUCGCACUACAGCGACGAAGCGCAGACUCGAGGGGAGAGCAGAGAAGCGGAGGACGAACCCAGAGACUUCACCAUGUCCAAACCGCUUGCCCAGCGGGUGUCGAGCUUCUCCAAACCCUCCUUCUGCGGCCUCCCUUACUCCAUCGUGCACCAGGGCUUGGACUCCCACCCUAAGGCUUGUAGAGUAUCCCCCAUGACCACCUCGCCUCCCAAGCAGGACCCGUCUCCACCCUUUGCCAGUCCCAAAUCUUCGUCUGACUCCUCCCUCACCAGUCCCGUGCGACCCAGUAAACGGAGCCUCGGGGAACCGGAGGCCGAGGAGGUGCCGGAGAGGAAGGUUCGCGUGGUGACGCCGAUCCACCCGGCCACCGCCAUCCGACGCGGCGACCCGGAGGAGCUGAAACCCGCCGAGCCGGCCCACGCCGUCCACCUCAACAACCGCCUCCCCGAGGGCCACCCGGCCACCGCCUACCCCCUCCCUCAUGCCGCACCCCUCUACGCCGGCAUGUACCCGCCCGGCAGCCUGGUGUCGCAAGACGGACUCCAGCAACACCCGAGCCUGCAGUACUUAAAAAGUCAGUCCGCCGUGUCCCCCCUCGUCCCCCCCUUAGCCUUCCACUCCAUGAUGCUUCACAGGCAGCUCCUGGCCUCUGCCCCCAGCCCCCACCACUUCUUCAGGCACCCGGGCGGGGCGGCGCUAUACGGGGACCUGCUGCAUCACCUGUACCCGCUUUCCACCCUCCCCCCGCCACAGCUGUCCUCAGUGCACCCCAGCACUAGACUGUGAGGGACGCCUGGUCUGUCCCGACCACCCCUCCCCCUCCCCUCCUGCCAAGCAGACAGUAGUGGCUCAGUCGUCAGAUGGCGACUGAUUGUAAAACUCAAUCCGAGACACAGACUGAAAAUUCCAUUUUUUUUUUCGUAUUACUUUAUACAUUUGUUUAUAUACUUUGCACUGCUCUGUAUUUUUUAUCACCACUUACUGUAUCUUUUAGUUUUCGGUCCUUAUUUGCACAAUUCUGAUGUGGAUGUGCUCACUUUUGGUUUUGGUUGACUCUCAGUUGGCGGGAGUCGGGGGCAGUCGCGCCGUUUUUUUGUUUUUCUGCGUCCGAGGGCUAAAAGUUGUCGCUUGAAACACUACAGCAGGAACUCGGCGUAUCCGAGAGUCGCCAGAAUAUGUCGUUCGGUGGUGCCGCGAUUUUUUUUUUUUUUUUUUUUUUUUUU